UUUCACCGUUUCAACCCGCAACUGCAGCCUGGAAGGUACGGAGUACCGGAACACCAACGAUCAACCUAAGCUCCCGCCUCCGCGGUCCCGGAACCCGACUUGAGCAGCUAUUAAUCCGGGCGCAUCACCAGCAACCAAACUCCCGCCAUGCGCAGCGCUUGAACAGCUCAAACAGCACCCCAUGGCGCUCGAUCCGUCUAGCGGCUUUGCAGCCGCCGAAGCGGUAGCCAACCUCGCCGCGGCCGCCGACGACGCCGCGCUGCCCAUCUUCGACGUCCAGCGCGUCGAGCUCGUCUUCUCCAUCACGGUCGACUUUGUCGCCGGCGCGGCAGCCAACAACGUGCUGGUGCUGGCCCUCGCCAACGGCCGCAUCCUCCGUAUCGACCUCAACAAGCCCGACGACAUCGACGACAUCGACCUGCCUCAAGCCAAAAAGCCCACCGAGACGGGCGUCAUUCGAAAAAUGUUUCUCGAUCCGACCGCGUCUCAUCUGUUGAUUUGUACGGCGAACGGCGAUAAUUACUAUUUGCACUCGCAGUCGCGCAACCCCCGCCCGCUCGCGCGGCUGAAGGGCGUCGUCAUCGAGGCCGUGGCGUGGAGCCCUGCCUUGCCGACUUCGUCGACGAGGGAGAUUCUGAUUGGCGCGGCAGAUGGGAAUGUUUACGAGGCGUUUGUCGAGACGUCGACCGAGUUUUAUCGCAAGGAGGACAAGUAUGUCAAGCUGCUGCACAGGGUGCCCGACGGCGGGCCGGUCACGGGGCUGUGGGUGGACUGGGUGCCGGUACCUCCUGCCGGCGGCGGAAAGCAGGACGUGAGGAGGUUGCUGAUUGCCACCCAGAGCAGGCUGUGCCAUUUUGUGGGCAAGGUUGGGAGGGGCCAUGAUGGCAGCGCGUCGAUUUAUUCGAAGCUGUUUGAGGGCGAGCAGCCUGUGGUGCACGAGCUGAGCAGGGCGUCGGCGGCGGCUGCGUCCAUGCUGGUGGUUUCGCCGGAUGCGCAGGAGGGGCUGAGGUUCUCUUCGAGGGAGGAUGAAGUGGCCGAGAGGGCGUUUGCGUGGUUGUCGCCGCAUGGAGUCUAUCAUGGGAAGUUGUUGGCCGAUGGGGCCGGCACUGAGUUGGGAAAUAAGGUGUUUGCCGAGGCAAAGUUGCUUCCGAGGGCGCAGUUGGCGAGCCCUGAGGGGCCCGGGAGGAGGCAGGUGUCGACCGAAUACAUCGAUGCCAUUGCGCUCACGCAGUGGCACGUUAUUUGCCUUAUCGGGGCUCGAGUGGUGAUCGCGAACCGACUUACGGGGUCGAUUGUCUACGAUCAGACUAUCCUGGACCCCGGGCAGAAGGCGGUUGGCCUGUGUGUGGAUCUGCAGAAGAGCACCUUCUGGGUCUUCACUCCGCGGACGAUAUUCGAGAUUGUCCCGCGAGACGAGGACAGGGAUAUCUGGAAGAUCAUGCUGCAAAUGCAGCGGUUCGACGCCGCGCUCCAGUAUGCGCACACACCGGCACAAAAAGACGCUGUCGCCAUCGCUUCGGGAGAUUAUCUUGUCAGCAAGAGGCAGUACAACGACGCUGCAGGCGUCUAUGGCAAGAGCAGCAAGCCAUUUGAAGAGGUGGCGCUCACCUUCAUCGACAAUGACCAGCCAGACGCCCUCCGCGAGUAUCUCUUGACUAAGCUGAGCACGUACAAAAAGUCGUCCAUCAUGCAGCGGGUCAUGAUUGCGGCGUGGCUGGUAGAGGUGUUCAUGGCUAAGCUGAACUCGCUCGACGACACCAUCGUCACAGGGGCCGAGCUGUCCGACACACUAAACACGACGCAGACGAGGGAGCAGCUGGACGCGGUCCGAGCCGAGUUCCAAGCCUUCGUAAACAGGCACAAAUCCGAUCUGGACCGUAAGACAGUCUACGAUGUCAUCAGCAGCCAUGGCCGGGAAGAGGAGCUGCUGUUCUAUGCCAACGCGGUGAACGACUACAACUAUGUCCUCUCGUACUGGGUCCAGCGGGAGCGGUGGUCGGAGGCGCUGAAGGUGCUCAAGAGGCAGACAGAUGCCGAGGUCUUUUACCGGUACAGCAGCGUGCUUAUGACGCAUGCGGCGACGGAACUGGUCGAGGUCUUGAUGCGGCAGAGCAACCUCAACCCUCGUAACCUCAUCCCGGCAAUGCUCGAGUAUGACCGCAACUACAAAGGGCAUUUAGCCCAGAAUCAGGCCAUCCGCUACCUCCAGUAUGUGGUCAACCAGCUUGGCUCGACAGACUCGGCUGUGCACAACACACUGGUCUCCAUCUACGCCUCCCACCCAUCCAAGGACGAGUCGGCCCUGCUGUCGUACCUUGAGUCGCAAGGCGACGAGCCAAAGUUUGACCCAGAUUUUGCGCUCCGGCUAUGCAUCCAAAACCGGCGCGUCCUUUCGUGCGCCCGGAUAUACACCAGCAUGGGCCAGUACGUGCAAGCCGUCAACCUCGCUCUGGCCAAUGAUGAGGUCGAGCUCGCCUCCAUCAUCGCCGACCGGCCCAUGUCCAACCCGGCGCUUCGCAAAAAGCUCUGGUUGGCCGUCGCCAAAAAGGUCAUCUCGCAGCAGUCGGGCGGCAGCAUCAAGACAGCCAUCGAGUUCCUUAAGCGCUGCGACCUGCUCAAGAUCGAGGACCUCAUCCCCUUUUUUCCCGAUUUUGUCGUCAUCGACGACUUCAAGGACGAGAUUUGCGCCGCGCUCGAGGACUAUAGUCGCAACAUUGACGCGCUGCGGCGCGAGAUGGACGAGUCGAGCCAGACGGCCGCCAAUAUCAAAAUUGACAUUGCUGCGCUCGACAGGCGGUAUGCCAUCGUAGAACCGGGCGAGCGGUGCUACGCGUGCGGGCUGCCGCUGCUUAGCCGGCAGUUCUUUGUGUUUCCCUGCCAGCACGCGUUCCACUCGGAUUGUCUGGGCCGGAGGGUGCUGGAGCAGAGCGGCGCGGCCAAGGCCAAGAGGAUCAGGGAGUGUCAGGUGCAGAUUAGUAAGGGGCUGGUUGGUGGGGAGAAGAGGGAGGCUAUGAUUGCCGAGCUGGAUGCGUUGGUUGCUUCGGCGUGUAUUCUGUGCAGCGAGUAUGCGAUCCGCGGAAUCGAUGAGCCGUUUGUCAAGAAGGGGGAUGACAUGGACGAGUGGGCUCUCUGAGGGAGAGGAGUUUGCCGCCGGCUACAAUACCGGAGGGAUGAUAAGGUUUGACUGCAGAGCGAUACCCCCUACGCAAAUAGUACUCUGUUAAACAAUCCUCCAGUAAUAGUCAACUGCCGGCUGAAUUGCGGACUGUCCACUUCUAAGCCACGGUUCCGAAACUCAAGAUGGAUCGAAUCUUCUCCGCUGGCAUACCUGAAAAUGUCAGCGAGGAGGAGAGACAGAUUGGAGUCAUGAUCAGGGUGGCGUUUUAUUGACAGGCCGAUGAAUUCCUGCCUUCCAUUGAAGUCGUACUUAGUGUUCCGACUUUAUAUUUUUCUUUCGUUCUUCUGCUUUUUUUUGUGAAGCAGGACCCGAAGCUGAACAGUCAAGGUAUCAG